CGUGACGUCACGGGAAUCACCGGCUGCCGGCGGGAUGUAAACAAACAAGGACGGCUUUCACUGCAGGAAGAAGCGACCCGGGGUGAGCGCUGGGAUAACUUUGCUUAAUGCUUCACCCUCACCACCUUCCCUGAUGCUUUGAACAUGUGGAUGACAAGACAUCGAAACUGUGAGGUGCUGGUUGUCAUCUUCUGCGUGAGUGAACUUCUGACAGUUGGACUCUUACUCUUCAGUCAUGGCUUCCUUCUCACCAGACAAGUCAUUCCUUCAAAUUCCAGCUGUGAUGACUUUAGAGAUCCAAAACCAGACCACAGGGGAGAGACGGGCCAUCCAUCACAUACAGGGGGAGGCUGCUGGAUGAUGCCACCAUUCAGAAAGACUAUAAUACUGCUAAUAGAUGCUCUGAGGUACGACUUUGCACUCUACAAUGCUUCCCUCAAGGAUGACGACACAUUACCAUACCAGAACAAGAUGCCGGUGUUUGGGGAGAUAGUGAAGCAACACCCACAUCAAGCCCUGCUCAGCCCCUUCAUGGCAGAUGCCCCGACCACCACCAUGCAGCGCCUCAAGGGACUCACCACAGGAAGCCUCCCCACGUUCAUUGAUGCCAGUCUUAACUUUGCCAGUGAGGAAAUAGAGGAGGACAACAUCAUCGACCAACUGGUGAGGCAUGGGCGGCGCGUCACCAUCCUUGGCGAUGACACGUGGGGGGGGCUCUUCCCUGGACGGUUCAGCCGUUCUCACCUGUACUCAUCAUUCAAUGUGAUGGACCUGCACACUGUGGACCGUGGGGUGCUGAGUCACUUGGGGGAAGAGAUGGGCCGGGGUGACUGGGAGGUGAUUGUUGCCCACUUCCUCGGGGUGGACCACUGCGGUCACCGGUAUGGCCCUAACCAUCCCCAGAUGGCCACCAAGCUCGCCCAGAUGAAUGAAGCUGUCUUGCAAGUAAUUGCUGGCAUGGACAACGACACCCUUCUGUUGGUGCUUGGGGACCACGGCAUGACCCAGACAGGGGACCACGGUGGUGACUCUAGGGAAGAGGUGGAGGCUGCCCUCUUUGUGUACAGCCCUGCCCUCCACCUGCCCUCUCCACCAGUUCACACCCUUCCUGUGGCCCAAGUAGAUCUGGUGCCCACGCUGGCACUGUCCCUUGGUGUGCCUGUCCCUUUCUCCAGCUUGGGCAAGGUGAUGGAGGACGUGUUAGUGACUGCAGGAAUGAGUGCUGAGGAGGCAGAGAAGCAGAGACACCUUGGGCUACACCUCAAUGUGCAGCAGGUGAAGAGGUACCUCACAGCCUACAGGGAGCUGGGGAACUCCUACCCUCAGGACCUGUGGCACAAGCUGGAGCUCCUGGAGGGGAAGGCAUUGGAGAAGUCAUCAGUUGGUGGUCAGAGGACGGCUUUCUCCGAGUACUUGACCCUGGCCAAGCUGAUGUGUGAGGAGAUUUGGGCACGCUUUGAUGUCCAGGAGAUGCUGAGUGGCCUGUGCUUGAUGCUCAGUGUGUUGCUCAUGGCUGGACUGUUGAUCCACAGCAGUGCACUCACAGAUAUCAAAACUCAUAUAAUCAAAAGGUUGCUGAUUCUCACUGUUGUUGUUAAUUUGUUGUUUGCAUUGUCUCUGUCUUUUGGUUUUGUCAUUUUUGGCUAUGCUGCAAAUGUUUUAAUAUUACUGUGGAUGUAUGCACACAGGCAGCAUCUUACAGUUUCACAGUUAGACUUUAAGGCAAUAGAUUGCAUUCCCUUGUUACUUGUUAGUUUCUUACUGCUAGGAAGUUUCUCAAACAGUUUUGUAGUGGUGGAAAAUUAUGUCGUUGCUUUCAUUUUGCUGUCAUGCAUAACUCUGUACUUGUUGUUGCUGAUGUUGGAGAUUGUGAGUAAAAAGCUCUCCAGUGGGAAGAUGCUGAAGGUGUUUGGCAACGCGUUCAGUGUGACGUGUGGCACCGGGUGGGCGGCGGCAGUGGUGUGUGUGCGGUGCAGCGGGUGGUUCUGGCGGUGCCGUGAGGAGCAGCACUGGUGUCUCCCUGGCCAGGCACAGGUGCCACUCUCUGGUCUGCCUCAGCACUUGCACAACUGGCGUUACUUCACCAGCGUUCUGCCGCUGGCACUGGCAGUGUGGCUGCCACGGCGCUGGCUGCUGCUGUGUGGCAACCUGAAUGGCAGCAGGGUGGGCGUGGUGCUGGCAAGGACGGUGCCUGUGGCAUGCAGUGUGCUGGUGGCCGUGUGGUGGGCCAUCCAGGCUGUCAUGGCCGCCCACAACCUGGACUUGUGGGGGCACGUCAUUCCCCCACGGGUGAUAUACGCUGCCACCGCGGUCCACGUGGCCGUGCUGGCCUGUGUGCCACUCCUCAUAUACGAGCUGCCUCCCGCCGCCUCCAGGAAGAGUCAGCCGCUGGUGUCAGACAACCCCAGCACCUUGAUACCACACCUGUACAAGAGUUUGAUGGAAAAGUACAGGACGCAGAACAGCAAGGGUCCCACUAUCCCCAUCGUGUAUGGCCUGGCCACGGGCCUGUCAGCCUCCAUGGUGGCGGUGCUGAUGGUGGUGGUGGUAGUGGUGGUACUGGUGGCUGGGGAUGGGCUGAGUGGGGCUGUCCUGCUGCUGGUGCUGGUGGCUGCUGCUUCACUCCUGCUGCAAGCACUGUGGAAGUUGAAAACAUGCCAUAACCUGAAGGAGCUGGCGAGGCCUGGGUGGUCAGCAGCGUGCCUAUGGUUCACUCUCAGCAUUCACGGCUUCUACUUGACGGGCCACCAGCCGACCUUCCCGGCCCUCCACUGGUCUGCUGCCUUUGUGGGGGUGGAGGGAGCACAGAGUGUUGGGAACUGGGCCCCAGCACUCCUGGUGGGCCUCAACACCUACUCCUCCUACCUUCUGCUUGGCUUGGCUCUCCCGCUGGUGGUGGUGGCACCUCUUGCUCUCAGUGUUGUCUUUCCAAGUCUUCGAGGCAGCCGUCUGGAAGGUGACGAGAUAAGCCGGGGAGAAUUCCUGCUGGUGGAGGAACCUGAUAUGCUGAGGGAGUCCCUAAUGUCCACUGCUCUCUCAUACAUCUUCCUUCAGGCAGCAAAGGUGUUCUGCACGUCACUAGCGGCAUUUGUCCUGCGCAGACACCUCAUGCUGUGGAAGAUAUUUGCCCCUCACUUUAUCUUUGAGGCAGUGGGCUUAAUCGUGACCCUGCUGAGUGUCCUUGCUGGCCUGGGGUUCACUCUCAGGGUGCAGGCAGCACUGGCUUCCUGGGGUGAGCGACUUGUUAAGGCUGCCUAGCGAGAAAUACCAGGAAGUACAAGGUAAAGGAGGCUCUUGGUAAUCUUUGUAAUAGUACAAGAUUUGAUGUCUGGCAAGGAGAGAUUUAUUGCUAUUGUUUCAGGAAGGGUAGUAAGAAAGAAAACUUGAUUUGUGAAGGAAUGGUAGAGUAAUUCAAGACACAUGGUAUUAGUAGGACAAAAGAGUAUUUCCCACUCAAGACUCAUCAAAAUUUAUGAUAAGAGUAGUUAUGUCCCUCAUGAAAGACCUUAUCAAAAGUUUGCCUUAAUUUUUACAGCACAUCGUUAUUUUUAUGGUCUGCUUAUUGUCUAUGUGUAUCUGAAGUGUGUGACAGUUUUGUACUUUUAUAAUUUGCCAUAUAUGUACUAUGUGACUUAUUUUGUCGAGUGCUAAAUGAGAAAGUGCAAUUGAAUGAGUAGUUGUGGUUGGCCUUUGUAAAUAGUGAAUGGUGGUAAGGUUGUAUCUAUGUAAAUAUUUCUUAAUAAAUUGGAAGGAGUU